UCUCGUUUCGUUUGAACUCUAGAUUUUUUUUUUAUCCCUAAAAAAAUCUAGUUUUUUUUCCACUCGUCUUCUUUUGAACUCUCGAUUUCUCCCACCAACCACAGCUCAUUGUCCCCGAACCAGUAACUGCCGGAGCCCGACCAAGAUCUGAUCGAUCUGCGGCGACGGCCUGGACGAAGGAGUUCGCCCGUGCUCCGCCGAGAGGAAGGAGGAAGCUCCCCGUAAGCCCCUCCCUCCCGCGCACGACACCAGUUUUGCAGGGAUCUCACGGUCAUGGCAGGGCUGAAGAAGGGGAAGGGAAAGGGGAGGGGGAAGGAGGAGCGACGGGUGACCUUUGCACCGGAAUCCGGGGAGCGAUGGCUCAUUGUCGCCGAACCAGUAACUGCCAGAGCCCGACCAAGAUCUGAUCGAUCUGCGGCGACGGCCUGGACAGAGGACUUCGCCCGUGCUCCGCCGAGAGAAAGCUCCCCGGAUCUCAUGGUCACGGUAGGGAUGAAGAAGGUGAAGGGGAAGGGGAGGGGGAAGGAUGAGCGACGGGUGACCUUUGCACCAGAAUCCGGGGAGCGACGGGUUAAGAGAAAAAUACCUGAAGCUUUUGUUGGCACUUCUAAGGUGUCAGCAACAAGUCAGAAGAGGAACAUGAAUGCAGCUGACUCAUCAGAAAAAUUAGAGAUUCAUGAAAAUGGAACCUCAAGGAAGCGGAUUAGAGAAAUUGAUGCAGAUGGCUCAAAAAAGGGCAACACAGCGGGUCCUGGAGCUUACAAGUCAGCGCCAGGAAACCUUAAAAGUACUAAAGAUUCUCAUUCCUCAAACCACGUGUCCUCAAAGUUUGUACCGCUGGCUGGAAUUCCCGGACACAAAACCAGGAACCUUACGGACAUGGCUGUGAGGGUGAACGUGAAAGUGGAGGAGGGGGAAGUAAUGAAGUUUGGGCAGAAAUUCAUCAGGGUAUUCAAAUACGGGGAGCGAUUGAGAAUUCCACAAUCAUUCAGUCAGUACCUUCAGAAUCAACGAACUGGGUCGGUUAUACUAAGAGGUCAAAGUGGGAAUAAAUGGCUUGUGGAACUUGCUUCAGACACCGAAGGAUUUUUCUUUAGACGUGGGUGGAAGGAAUUUGGUAUAGAUCAUUCCAUUGGGGAAGGAAACCUCUUAUUAUUUUGUUAUGAUGGAUACGGACAGUUCUCAGUUAAUAUAUUUAAUGGAAUGUGUGUUGAGAAGCCAUCAGCUCUUCAUGCUAAGCCUUCAAAGGAUUUUAAAGAAGAGAGUGAUGAAGAUGACAAUGGAGUAGCUCCCCAAGAAGAGAAUAAUGGAACCACAAAGAAGCCGACUGGAGAAAUUUACGCAGAUGGCUCUACGUUGAAGAAGUGUUCUAAUGCAUCAGUUAAGGGUAAGCAAAAAAUGCCUGAAUCUUUGGUUGGUACUUGUAAUGUGUCAGCAACAAGACAGAAGAGGAACAAGAAUGCAGCUGACCCAUCAGAAAGCUUGGAGGUUGCUGGAGCUUGCAGAUCAGCGCGAACAAGCAUUAAAACUGUCAUGAAAGUUCAAAGGCAACAUGCAAUAGUAUCACAAAGGUCGCCGGUAAGUGAAGGGCAGAAGAAGUACGCUCUUCAAAGGGCAGAGAUAUUUACAUCUAAGUACCCUUCAACUCUGCAAGUAAUUAAGGCGGCUAGUGCCUACAACUCAUUUUUCAUGGUCAUCCCAUCUGAAUUUGUCAGGGAGCAUCUCCCCCACACCAGCAAGAAGUUGACCCUGUGGGAUCCGCAAGCAACGCCCUGGCAAGUUGACUACCUCUACUGCAGCCAUCGUUCCGCCGGCGCUUUCAGCAGAGGCUGGAGCCAGUUCUCGAUCGGCAACAAUCUGGAGAAGUUCGAUGUUUGCGUCUUCGAGCUCAUCGCCGAGGAUACCAUCAAGGUGCACAUCUACAGAGCUCAGCUCCUGAUAGCACAGUACCAACACCAAGAAGAACUUAGCGCUGCAAUCCCAAACUAACCUGGGGACCCUCAUAGUCAGUGGGGGUAAGAAGAGUAUUCAGACGUUUAAGGGAUAUUUGGAACAAAACCGGUUGUUACUUACUGAUAAACUAUGUUUUGCUGCUAAACUUAUAUUUGAAACAAAACUAGUGAACUACCUGUAUGUACAAUGUUUUUCACUCGGAUUGAUGGAAGUGUUGGAUUAGUGGUUCUUAAGCUAUUGAAUCGUGCGAGAAAUGAUCUUGCGGGCUUGCUGCCAUUC